AAAGUAAAAAACAAAGCAUGUAAAUAUUUUUGUCGGUAAACAAGUUUACAAUGGAUAGAGGAAUGACUUCUGCAGAGCAGAAGCUUGCCGAGAAGCUUACUAUUCUCAAUAAUCGAGGGCUAGGCAUGUUGACCAGAAUUUACAACAUUAAAAAGGCAUGUUCUGACCCAAAAUCAAGACCAGCUUUUUUAAAUGACAAGUCAAUAGAGUCAGCUUUAAAAACGAUUGUAAGAAAAUUUCCAGUGAUGGAAAAUUCUAAGGCGACAAUUAUGCAACCAGUUAUGCAGAUGCAUGUUGACAUUGUGAAGGGAUUGUCAAAUUAUUAUUUCACUUUUGUAGAUGUCAUGAUUUUCAAGGAUCAUGUGUCAGAACUUCUGACCUCCAUUGAUGCAAGCUUUGUUCACUUUGAUAUUACACUCAAUUUUGAAUUGACAAAAGCAUACUUUGAACUGGUGACAACUUAUGCAUUUGUUUUUGCCUUAAUCGCAAAAGUAGAUGAUCGCAAAGCUGUAUUGAGUUUGUUUAAUCACGCUUUUGACAUGCAAAAGGGGCAUGGAGAACACAAUUUUCCACGAUUGGGACAGAUGAUAAUUGAUUUUGAGCAUCCAUUUCGUAAACUUUCUGAGGAGUUUACUCCACAUGCUCAGCGGAUUGGAAUUGCACUAAACUCGUUAAACAUGUUAUACAAAAGACGGAACUUAGGUGGAGAGCAGAUGAGGCAAGCUCAAUUGUUAAGCUUAACGAACAUGCCACAACAAAUGUUGAGUCCUGCACUCAGUGAAACGGUGCCUUGUGAAUAUGUCUCAUUAGAAGAAAUGACUCGCUGGAUUCUCAUAACAUGCACAUUAUGUCCAAGCCAGAUUACUGCAGUCGCCACAACAUUGGAAAUAUGGAGAAUGUGUUUGCAAGACGGCUACUGCAUUACAAUAUUUCGAGAUGAAGUUUUAUACAUGCAUAAAGAAUUACAACUGUUGUUUGAAUCAAUGAAAGGGCAAUCAAAAAGGUCUAAAGAAGUUCAAGACUGUUUGGUUCACUCAUUACAGACCAGUGCUGCAUUUCACAGAGAAAGAAGGAAAUAUUUACUCACAGCUAUGGAAGAAAUUAUUUCCAUUGUGAGUGACCAACCUGGUUUGCUUGGUCCAAAGGUUCUUAUUGCUUUACUGGCUCUAUCACAUGCUCGUGAUGAAAUUCACUGGUUGGUUCGUCAUAAAUAUCACACUCCUCCAAAAGGAAAGAAAGUGGCAGCUGAGGAUUUUGAAGAUGUGCGAUUACCUAAAUUACUUCACAGUGUAUUAGAAUUAAGAGGGUUAUUUAAAAAGUAUUCACAAGUUGUACAAAGAUAUUUUAUACAAUAUCUUUCUGGAUUUGAUGUUGCCUUGUUAAAAACAAUAAUACAGAGAAUAUCAGUUUGUCCAGAAGAUAUAUGUAUGAUUAUGACCGACUUUGUUGAAGUUCUUUCGUCAGUUUCCGUCAAACAAGUCGAAGCUGGUGAAAACAUAGAUUUCCGAUCUGUUAGACUAGACUGGAUGAGACUUCAGGCUUACACAAGUGUUCGAGGAUCUGUCCCUGAAUUAAAAGAGAAUCGUGAGUUAGCUGUCCUGAUGAACACAAUUGUCAUGCAUACUAAACUUGUGGAUAUUCAGGACAAUAUCUUAAACGAUGUAUCAGAUUUGUCGAUUCUAUGUUUCUAUCCGAGUUUUUUCGAGCAGAGCUUUUUAAGCUGUUUAGAAAAUCCUGUCAUGAUGAGGUAUUCAAUUGCGUAUCCACUUGCUUGCACUCACUUCUUAAAUUGCACACACGAACUGUGUCCUGAAGAGCGACAUCCGAUCGGAGAUCGAAGCUUGUCUGCAGUAAACUCAUUUCUAGAUGCAAUUGCAUUCAAAGCAACUCAUUACAUUAGUCAACUGUGCGAGGAACAUCUCAGACUUUCUCGUCAGCUAGAUCCUGGCACAGCCGUUAACUUUCACACUAUAACAGAAGAGUCUCGCUCCAAAAAAGAACGACCACGUCCCAUACCUCCAAAACCAGGUCAAGAAAGUCAAAAGAAAUCAGUGGAAACGAAAAAACCAAUCGAUUCGAAAUAUCAAGGCCAAGUAAAUCUUCUUCAAGCCAUUACACAUUGCAAAGAUUUAACUGUCUGGGAGCACGUGUUCUCUCCGAGAGAGUACCUCGUAUCGCACUUGGAAGAAUUCUUUAGCAAAACCAUAUUUCGGUUGUUAAAUUACAACGAAGCAACACACGAAAUAGCUAGACCCUCAGCCUUGUUAAGGGAUGUACGUUCGUACAUCACUUCGUUGCAUAGGCUGGAAGAGUUAGUGAAUGUGGACAUGGGAAGAAUCUUUAAUGCAACGCUCCUACAGCAAACACAAAAUUGUGAUAACUCUGGUGGACCCACUCUAACUAGUACAUACACGUUCUGGUAUAAUGACAUUCUGCUGAAACGCAUCUUUAUGUCUGGUGGUGUUGUAUAUUCACCAGCUCGGCAAUCAUUUGUAAGUCGAACAAAAGCUGGCUUCCCUCGAGUAGAAGACUAUACUGAUGUCUCAGAAAUGCGAGCUCUUGCAGAGUUGCUAGGUGCGUAUGGCGUGCGUCAUUUCUCAAGAAAGUUAGUGCAGAGAUUGAUAGCUGAAGUUGACGAAUUAAAGAAACUUGUGUUGGUCAACAAAGACAUUCUGGCGAUCAUUUGUGAAGCACCACUAAAGUAUGACUUGCACGAAGUUAUUAAAAGAAUGAGAGGUUUUGAUGAGCUCAUUAUUCGAACGACAACAAUUGGAAUCUUUUUAACGUUUCGAAAGAUGUUGGCUGUUGGUCUUCGAGACGUUUUACCAAGGCGUGUUCCCUACCUAAUGUACGUACUGGCUGAUUUCAAAGAAAAUAACACAAGAAAUGAAUCUACUCUUACACAUGAAAUGGCACAAGCAGCUGGUAUCGAUUCCGAGUUUGACGCCGAACUGUAUCAUGCUUUAAGAAACAGUAAAGAAAAAAAUGACGAGGAUGGCUUGAUUUGGACGUUGUUACUUGCGUUCUGGGCGGUAUCACUAUCAGCAUUAUCGUUCAAAGAUAACAGCGAGUACAAUUCUUUACUCGAAGCUCAUGAAAAUAAUGCACAUUGUAUGGCGGUCGCAAUGAAUCUUCUUCCACAAGCUUUGUUUACAAUAACCAACGAGAACGUUCAAGACAAAAUGAAAGUCUUUCUGCAGAUUGCUUCGUCUGGUCUGUUGAAGUUAGGAUUAGAUGCAGGCUCAAGUACCAGCAAAGAAAUGAAUCCUAGGCAACGAUCUUCAGCGUACAUUCUUCUGGAUUUGAUUGUGAAAGAGUCAACUUACAUGUCUCAAGACGAAUUGGAUGUGUGUUUUCCUUACACCCUAAUCCGCGAAGCAUAUAAUCAAACGUAUAAGAAACAACGCAGCCACAAUUCGAAGCGCGGAGACUCGAGCAGUCAAGAACAAGAAAUGGCGAGUUAACGGCUCACUAUAACUGUACUAUAAAUUCUCCACCUGUGAUGGGUAUUAUCAAGAAAGAGCCUAAUGAGUAGAAAAUCAUUCGACACAAAACGUCAAAGCAAUUUGCACCGAACUAUAGAAGAAAUGAUUAUGAAAAUUUGGAAAAACAUUUUCAACUAUUUAAACAAUCGCUAUAAUGUCAUGUUAGAUAUUUGCCAUUUCCAAACUGUACGUCUUAUGUACGUCAUACAAGUCGUAUGUUUGUCGUAUGUACAUCGAUGUCCAGUGGCUUAUCUUUCUUUUUUAUUACUAUUUUCUUUUUUAUAAGACAUUUCUUUUUCAUAUAACCCUGAAAAUUUUCAUUAAUUUAAAAGAAAGUUUUGCGAGAAUCUCUAGAGCCAAGCCCUAAUUUAAACCCUCAAAGUUACAAAUCAAACUUAAUCUUUUUAGUAUAGCCAGUCAGUUUGUUGUAACUUUAAGAAUAAUUACGAACCUUUUUUUUUGUUAGCAUCUUUUUGCUUCGCAUCUUAAAUAACACAUAAUUUUGCAAAAAGUUGUGCCUUAAGUUUAAAUUAAGCUUGAUUUACACUUGGUAAAUAGUAUGAAAUUUAAUUGUUUUAGUGUUCCGGCUAGUAUAACACUGAUUUUGCACUCCUCCGUAAUGAUGUUAGCUUCCGUUCGGCAAUUUCUUUGUUGCUUAGGGCUGCCUGUUUAUUUUAACACGUAAUUGGACACACUCUUUCCUGUAGUCUGUGAAAGUUUUUUCAAAAUAAUGCACAUUGUAGGCCGCCCACUCUAAAUAAAUUGUUUAUAGUCUUUGUCUUAAUUUUUAUAUUUUUAUAUGUUUAUGUUGUGCUUGGUUAUUUUUUGUAUUGUUCUACCGUUGAUGUGUGGAAUGAUGGUUGCAUUAGUUCAUAGUUGUGGGAGCUAGGGUGUCACGGUUUUUUUUUAAUUCAUUCUCCUCAAGAAUAACAUGUACUGAUUAAUAGUAUACAUAAGCAUAGCAAUCUCCUAAAUAAUAGAUUUUUUUGCACUCCAAAUAACGGAGAAAUUAUAUGUGCAACAGUCUGUAAAAUGUUAGAAAUAUAUCAUCCAAGAAUGCGUA